GUUAAAGAAGUAGAGAGCCAAACUGGGGUGAUUGUUUCCCGUGACACAAUAUGGCAUACACUGCGGAGGAAUGGCAUGCAUGGGUGCCGUCCACAAAGGAAGCCUCUCCUAAAGCCCAUGCACAAAAAAGCCCACCUAUAAUUUGCCAGGGCCCAUGCACAAAAAGAAGACAACUACAGGGACUUUGGAGUGGUGAGACCAAGAUAAAUGUUUUUGGAACUGAUAGCUGCAAAACUGGCCUCAAAACUGAGUACAAAGAAAAAUGCAUGGUGCUUACAGUGAAACGUGGU